CCCCCCAAAGAAAAAUCUGCCAGAGAACGACAGGGAGGGAUUUCAAAGGAUGUCUGCAGAUAGACAACGUGCGGCUGGAACUUUGUGAACACAUAACAGCAAAAAGAAAAGUUAACUUUGAGGAAAGUUUCCAAAACUUUUCAGCAGUUUGGAGGAAAGUGGAUCCUUGGGGCAGUGUGGUCAGGACAGGUCAACAUUGAAGCAGGUUGUAUGGGAAUGGCAAGGAGCAAUAAGAAGUGAGUGAGGGAGAGUGUGUGUGUGUGUGUGAUGGAGGAGCCGGCGAGGAAGCGUUGCCCUUGUCUACAGGUGUUGUGGGAUCGCAUUUGGCCCCAGCCUCUUCCUUCCAACACCCCACGGGUUCGGCCGCAGGUCGCUGUCAUCUCCGCUCCCUACCUGCAGUCCAAAGCGACCCCCAGCCCGGCUCCCACCCGGCCCAUUAGACCGGGGGCCGGAGCAGGAGCCGGAGCCGGACCCGUCUACGCCGCUCUGUACAACUUCCAGGCCAGGAGUCCCGAGGAGUUGUCGCUGACGAAGGGGGAUAAGGUCCGUGUCAUCCGAGACGAGGGAGACUACUUCUUCGCCCAGAAGGGGCCCGACGACCGGGGCUUCGUCCCUUCCAACUAUGUGACACUUCUGCAGGAAGGCGUGGAGAGAGAAGCGUGGUACUUUGGAAAGAUUGGAAGAGAAGAAGCGGAAAAAUUGCUGACGUCGCCAGAAAAUCAAAACGGAGCCUUCCUGGUGCGCAGGAGUGAGACUGACAACGGUCGCUAUUCAAUAUCGGCUUUGAACGAUAAAGUACAUCACUAUCGGAUAUUGUCUUCGUCACAAGGAUCAUUUUAUCUUCAAGAAAAUCAGUCGUUUUCCACCAUUAAAGACCUCGUGGAAUUCCACAAAAAAAAUUGGAAGAUUGUUGGCUUUCCGCUGUCGAAGCCUUGCGCAAAGCAAGCAGCUUAUCAAGUUGAUGAAUGGGAAAGGCCCAGAGAAGAAUUCACUUUGCUGCGAAAACUAGGAGAAGGAAACUUUGGAGAGGUCUGGGAAGGAACUUGGGGAGAAGACCAGCGUGUGGCAAUCAAAAUGCUUAAAAAAGAUGAUAUGAAUGUCGAUGUGUUUCUUCAAGAGGUGAAAGUUAUGAAGAGCAUCAACCACCCGAAGCUGGUGCAGCUGUACGCCGUUUGUUCAAUUGUAGAACCCGUUUACAUCAUCACAGAACUCAUGACCAAAGGAAACCUGAAGGACUAUCUCUGUGGGGAGGAGGGAGAAGUGUUAACAACCACACACCAUGUUUACAUCGCUAGCCAAGUGGCUGAAGCAAUGGCGUACUUAGAAAAACAUAAGUUUGUCCAUCGAGAUUUGGCUGCAAGAAAUGUCCUUGUUGGAGAGGAACUGGUCUGCAAAGUGGCCGACUUCGGAUUAAUGAGACUGAUCCGGGAUGACGUGUAUAAUAUCCGAGCUGGGACCAAAAUUCCGGUGAAGUGGACGGCACCCGAAGCUGCAAACUACCGCAGAUUUUCGAUAAAAUCAGACGUGUGGUCAUUUGGCGUUCUCCUGCACGAGAUCGUGACUUACGGCAAUGAUCCAUAUGAGAGAAUGACAAACCAGGAAGUUGUGGAUAAAAUAACCCAGGGAUACAGGAUGCCUUGUCCUGAGACUUGCACACCAGACAUGUAUGGAAUAAUGGUCCGGUGUUGGAAUGCAACUGAAGAAGACCGGCCGACCUUCAGCGUACUGAUGGAUGAACUCAAUUCCCUCUACACCCAAUAUUAUUACCAAAGCCAAGAGCAAUCUCCAAAAAGGGACUGAGUUUGAACACGUUGAACAUGACUCUGAUGGAAGAAGUGAAGGUGGCACUUCUUCUGUGGAUGGAAUGGACACUCAAGACCCAUCUAGAGACAUCGAGUCAUAGAGACAUAGAUACAUAGACAGAUAGAUACAGAGAGUGGUGAGUGUGGAAUUCUCUGCCUCAGAGGGCAGUGGAGGCUAUUUCUCUGGAUACUUUCAAGAGAGAGCUUGAUAGGGCUCUUAAAGAUAGCGGAGUCAGGGGAUAUGGGGAGAAGGCAGGCACGGGUUAUUGAUUGGGGACAAUCAGCCAUGAUCACAAUGAAUUGCGAUGCUGGCUCGAAGGGCCGAAUGGCCUUCCUCUGCACCUAUUUUCUAUGUUUCUAUAUGAUCAUGGCUGAUCAUCCACAAUCAGUACCCCGUUCCUGCCUUCUCCCCAUUUCCCCUGACUCCGCUAUCUUCAAGAGCCCUAUCUAGCUCUCUCUUGAAAGUAUCCAGAGAACCGGCCUCCACCUGAGGCAAAAAAUUCCACAGACUCGCCACUCUCUGUGUGAAAACGUGUUUCCUUGUCUCCGUUCUAAAUGGCUUACCCCUUAUUCUUAAACUGUGGCCCCUGGUUCUGGACUCCCCCAACAUCGGGAACAUGUUUCCUGCCUCUAGCGUGUCCAAGCCUUUAAUAAUCUUAUAUGUUUCAAUAUAUGUUUCACACGUAUCGACAAUGAUAACAGUGAAAUUCUUCCAUCCAGCAACCUGUAAACACAAUGCUCACAGAAAAGAUAUAACAGGAGAAUUCUAUAAAUUGAUAACCACCAAACUAGUGCGAAAAUACAGGAAAGGGGACGGAACAAUGAUGAAGGAUCUCGACCCGAAAUGUCACCUAUGCCUUUUCUCCAGAGAUGUUGUCUGACCCUCUGAGUUACUCCAGCACUCUGUGUCCAUCUUCGGUUUAAACUAGCAUCUGCAGUUCCAUCCUGCACAUAAUUCAUUAAGUGUUGGUCUGCUGAUAUCAGCAAAUGUAUUGUGUUCAUUAAUCUAUCUGUAUAUUACUUAAACUCUCAUCUAGACCACUUCCUGUCGGCAUUGUAAUUAAAUUUGCGCAAAAACGA